AUGACCCAGCAUUUUGAGCACCAAUGCCCACAUUGCACCUACUCAUCCAGAACUGAAGGCAGGCUGAAGAGACACAUCAAAGAUUUCCACUCUAACGAAGAUUCCAUUUAUACCGGGCAACAUAAGGUUAAAAGUAGUGCUCCGAAGAGAAAGUGCAGAUAUUGUCAAUUUUACACAUAUGAUCAGGUAGAAUUUUGGGUUCAUUUGAAGAAGCACAUCAAGCCUGAAAAGUUGCUGGAGUGCCCGCACUGCGAAUUCGUUACCGAACUGAAACAUCAUUUAGAAUACCACAUUCGGGUCCAUAUAGGUUCAAAACCGUUCAAAUGUCCAAAAUGCAAUUACAGUUGCGUGAACAAGUCCAUGUUAAACAGUCACAUGAAAUCUCAUACAAAUGUUUACCAAUUCAGAUGCAGAGAUUGUAAUUAUGCUACUAAAUACAGUCACUCGUUGAAAUUACACCUUAUCAAAAAAAAGCAUCUAGCCGAUGUUGUACUGAACAGUGACGGUAGCUUGCCUGCAGAUGGAACGGGUCAUUUUGAUUCCAUCAACAGAAGAGGACCGCCCAGAGGACCGCGGACGAUGAAAAAAUCAAAAGGAAUGGAAAAUGCUUUUGCGAUGGGACCACACUUGUCAGACCCAUUUAAGUUCUUGACUGAUCCUAGAAUGCAAUUUGCUGCUAAGCAAAGCUCAGAUGAUUAUUAUUGGAACGAUCCUCAUCGAAGCAGAUCUCCUUCUGAAACUUCAACAACUUCGAAGGAUGAGAAUAUGAUUAUGUCAAAUAAACCAUCAUUUCCGCCAUUGCCAGGCUUAUAUUCAGUGCCACCAGCGUUGCCAGCAAGACCUCCACCAGUUUGCUUGCCGAGGAGAUUGUUCGACUGUAGUUUUUGCAUUGAAAAGUUUACUACUCCGAUUGAGUUGAAAUGUCAUGUUGAAGAAACUCACUACAGAGAUUUAAUGAUUUUCAAAUUCAACCAACCAAAACAAAGUUCACCAUUUUUAAAAAAUCUGCCAAUUAAGAACGAAAACUCAAUUUCAUCUCCAACUAAAAGUGAACUUCAGGAAGAAGUGGUAACUAGUGUUAACAAUGUAGCUUUAGAUCUUUCAAACGCAUCGAAGCGCAAAUUAGACGAAGACAAAGAUUCAGGACAUGCCGACUCUCCUUUCUCUGUCCACAGCUCCCCAGACUCGAAUGUUAAAAAACGAGCUAGAAAGGGUCGAGCUUUUAAACUUCUAACCGAAAACUCUGAUCAACCUGAUGAAGAAGAAGUUUGCAAUAGCACUAGCGUUGCUAACCAUAAUAAUGAUAACGUUGAUAAGAACGUGGUUGUUCAGAAAGAGGAAAAAAGAUCAAGCCCGCCCUUAACGACCACCUCAACCGAGCAAAACCGCAAACUGAUGGUGGAUUCAAGUUGGCAUAUCUGCCGCCAUUGCGAAAUGGCAUUUGCAGAUCAGAUGACUCACAGACUGCACAUGGGCUAUCACGGUUACUUCAAUCCUUUCCAGUGCAAUGGAUGUGGUGAGAACUGCGUGGAUGCAUUCGACUUCAUGUUACAUCUCAUGUCCAAAGCUCACAACUAAUAUUUCUUCACUUCGAAUUCGUUGUUAAGUAUUUGUCACAACUUGAAUGACCUGGUUUAGCUUAUUUCUAAGUUGAUACUAUAAACAAGACUAAUAAACUUAAUUUAAUAAAAUUUCAAUGAAAAUGUAGGAGUUGAAAUUUCUUUCAUCCAUCUGAUAAAAGGCUUUCACGACUUAUAUUUACACGGAAACCAAACUGACUUCAAUCUGCUUUCAGGGUUUAACAAAUAUUUCCACAUGAUCUCUCAGCAAAUCAUUAUCUUUAAAAUCAACUAUCAUGUCUAUCUAUGCAAAUCUAAAAUGAAAUUACAUUUAAGAUUUCGAGUCAUUAGAAUAUUUUAAUAAGAAUAAAUUAUUUUUGUGUACUCGAAGCUUCAAAAAAAAAAAAUUAAAAUGUUAUAUUAUUGUCAUUAAUCUAAGUGUCAAUUUCCAAUUAGAUAUCAUUACGUUCAUUCCACAAUAACGUAUUAGCACGAUUUUAUUUUUUUUACCGUUUAAACUAUUCCAUUUUCCUAUUAACGUCAAUAUAUUACGCGUUUUGAUAUGUUAUAUGUAUAUGGUGUGGGUCAUAUAUGUUGUAUGUGUGUAUAUAUAUAUAUAAAUAUAAAUAAAUAAAUAUAUAUAUAUAUUUAAACACAUAAUAGCAUUUAAUAAUUUUUUACUUUUAAAUUUCCUUAAUGUUGUCUGUUAUUUUAACUAGGUAGCUUUCUCUUUCGAAUUUUCCUUUCAUCGACUAUUCGACGUAAUUUAACUGAUUAGUGAUUCUUCGUUAUCCAUAUCUUUCGUCGUUUGAAACUGUAUUAAUUUAUGUUAAUGUUUGU